AUGGAGUUCCAGCAGCGAGUGAUAGAUGCAUGGGAGAGUCAUGGACCAAGUGCAAGAGAUGAAUUCAGAGAAGCACACCGACUUCUUGAACAGCUUAAGAAGAAGGCUCGUGGUUCAUCAUCAGACGAGGUUCCUACAAAGGCUUUGCUUCUGCCUCGAAUUAGUGAAGUUUCCAGUAUCUGGAACUCUAGACCUAAUGCUCAAAGACCGAAAUCUUCAUACCCUUGUGGACAUAUCGCCUCAUUUUGUCCACCAGACAGAAAAAUCAAACAGAAAUCCGAAAUGGAAGAAGCUUUCGCGUCUGCACAGACACUCGAAGAGAUCUUCCAAGCUUUUGAAGACAUGGCAUCUGCUUUUGAUGAGGAGGACUUAUGUCUAGCUUUCUUGAAAGCAAGCCUUAAUCUGAACCAAGAAGGUGAGGACCAUGAGAAAGGUCUGUAUGAGAGAGUUCUGGAUUUUGGAAAUAGAGCUUUGAAGAUCUUGGAAAGUAGCAAUAAAGCUCCUCUACCAGUUGCCGUGAAUUUACAUGUGAUGGGUGCUGCUAGCUACCUCCUGAAGAGGUAUAAUGACAGCUUAGGGUAUCUAAAUAGAGCUAAUAGGAUACUGAUAAAGUUGGAAGAAGAUGGUGUCAAUGUUGAUAAUGUCAGGCAUGUUCUUUAUGCGCUUCUGCAUGAAUUGUACAAAACGAACACUGCAAUGGGAAGAAGCGAGGAAGCUAUUGUCAAUCUUGAAAGGGCUUUGGAAUUGCAAGAGAAAGCUCUAGGGCCAGAAUGCAAGGAGGUUGGCAUGUUGAAUCGGAAUUUAGCACAAGACUAUGUGGCAAUUAUGAAUUUUAAAGAUGCUUUGCCUUUUUGUUUGAAGGCACUUGAGAUACAUGAGGCUCAACUAGGGAACAAUUCAGUGGAGGUUGCACAUGAUAGGCGUAUCCUGGGGCUUAUCUACAGUGGGUUGGAGGAGCAUGAGAAGGCAACAGAGCAAAAUGAACUCUCAAAGGAGGUUCUAAAGAAUCAGGGUCUUCAUAAAGAUCAACUUAGUGCAGAAAUUGGUGCUGCCGGUAUGCAGAUUGCAUUGGGGAGGUAUAAUGAGGCACUUAAUAGUCUGAAAGAUAUUAUUCAACGGACAGACGAAGAGAAUGAAACUCCAGCUACUGUGUUCCUUUUAAUGGCAAAAGUCUUGUGUAAUCAGGAGAAGUUUGCUGAUUCAAAGAGGUACCUUGAAAAAGCAUGUGGAAUUCUUGACAAGAAAAAUAUUUUUUCCUCUGAAUUAGUUGAAGAUGUGGCUUUCUCUAAAUUAGUUGUUGUGUCUUACAUGGAGAUUUCAAUGCUCUAUGAGACAAUGAAUGAGUUUGAAACUGCAAUUUCACCACUAGAAAAAUGUCUGGCCAUAGUUGAGAAGAUUCCAAAACUACAACCCUCAAAAUGGUGUGUUUCUGCAAGAAUAGGUCGGUUACUUCUGUUGACAGGGAAGACAAUGCAGGCGAUACCAUACUUAGAAAGUGCAUCAGAAAUUUCGCAGAAGUGCUUUGGAACAAAGUACAUUGAAGUGGGGUAUAACUACAACAAUUUGGGUGCAGCAUAUUUGGAGUUGGACAAGCCUCAGUCUGCUGCACAGAUGUUUUCUGUUGCCAAGGACAUCAUGGAUGCGUCACUUGGCCCUCAUCACGCUGAUUCGAUUGAAGCAUGUCAGAACCUUUCAAAAGCUUAUGGUGCCAUGGGGAGCUAUACACUUGCAAUGGAGUUCCAGCAGCGAAUGAUUGAUGAAUGGGAGAGUCAUGGACCAAGUGCAGGAGAUGAAUUUAAAGAAGCACAACGACUUCUUGAACAGCUUAAGAAGAAGGUUUAUGGUUCAUCAUCAGAUGAAAUUCCUACAAAGGCUUUGCUUCUGCCUCGAAUCAGUGAAGUUUCCGGUAUUCGGAACUCUAGACCUAAUGCUCAAACAGAGUGCUUCGAUGAUGAUGAUGGCGUUGGCCGCAGCGAAUUCUCCCCUAAACCACGCAAUACUGGCGUCCCUUGCGAACGUCUCCGAAGGUAUCUGUGGUGCUUGGGGGUGGGAGCAGAAGUCAAAGGCGGGACAGGGAUAAGUGGUGGGGGUGCAAGAGUUGCAGGAAUGGGGCGCCGAACAGUAUCAGUCAAUGGAUUAGGGAGGAAGUUACCAUCAAAUGGAAAGAAUGAUAUGGUGAAUCAGCUCUUCAAAAAUCAGGUUCAAUUGAUGGCUGGAACUGCAGUUGCAAAACUUCCCUAA